AUGUAUAAUGUCACAGAUGAUACUUUUGAAGAAUCGUUCAGUGAUCAAUGUGAGAUUGCAAAGGAAUUGAAAAACCAAUAUGAAAAACAAGCCAGUAUACAUUCCGAAACCAGUACAAAGCACGAUGAAUCGAACACGAAGUCAAAAAAUUUGCAUGAAGAGUCCAUCGGUCUAUAUACGGUGACAAAGUCUGGCAAUCUGCAAACAAAAUCAACAAAUAUGCAUAAUCCCUUGGGAAGUAGUGCCAGCUGUAAUCGCGACUCCGCUGAGAUUAGUCGACUGAAUUCGAAACUUGACAGAUUUUCUGAAAACGUGACAAACAAAUUACAAAAUCUCAGCGUCGAGAUAAACAACAUUAAAGAGAACAAACCCUACUCUAUUUUGGUUUUAGAUAACGUAGUCAAUGAUCUAAAGGAAGAUAAGCUUGUGCUAAUUAGAAAGAACGACGAACUCAGGGAACAAAACAUGGAUAUGUCUCAUAUUAUAUCUGAUUUGAAAAUGGCAAACAAGAAUCUGGAAAGCGAAAAGAGCAGCCUGUUGACAGCUCUUAAAUUAAUUCAAAAUGACUACCAACAAACGUGCACGAAAACAAUUGUGAAAAAUGACGGCGAGAAUAAUGUGGAAUUGGUUUGCGAAACAAUAGAGGGAAGUGAAGUCACUCAACCAAAACCUUCAUCUAUUAAAUUAGCCCGCAAACGAUAAGCAUCUUAACACCGAAGCUAGUACUGGGAAAAAUCGUAAAAAGAAUGGAAAGAAAUCUAAGUCCAAACCUUCAACACAAAAUUCCAGCCAACAAACUGCGGAUGUAGAUACUUCUGGUGGUAUUGUGAACACCUCUAGUUCUAAAUCAACGGAGCAAGGCAAGAAAACAGUUGUUAUUGCAGGGGACUCAAUUGUUAAAAAUACUGUCGGUCCGAAAAUGAGUGCUGACGAUCCUAAUCACCAUUUUAUUGUAAAGCCGUUCCCUGGAGCAACAGUCUCAGAUAUGGAGGAUUUUGUCAAGCCAUUGACAAGAAGGACACCGGACAAGAUGAUCUUACACGUCGGAACAAAUGACCUGAGAAGUCAUUCUACGCCGAAAAUAAUAGCAGACUCCAUUGUCAACAUU